AUGUAAUAACAUUGCAAUUUGAUUCUCAACGAUCGAGGAGCUUUAUGGUUAGGAGACUACGAGUCUGCACUAAACUUAGAGUUCCUUAAAAGCAAAGGGAUUAGAACAGUCAUAACAGUAGCUGCAGGAUUGAACUUAAAAUUUGAAGGGAUUGUUCAUCACAAAAUAGAAAUUUUGGAUAUCGAAUUAACGAACAUAUCGUAAUACUUUCAAACUGCCAAUGAUUGGAUUGAAAGAGGAUUUAACAUAGGUGGAGUAUUAGUUCAUUGCAUGGCAGGUGUUUCCCGAUCUGCAGCUAUCGUUAUUGCCUAUUUAAUAGAGAAGAAGAAGAUGACUUAUUAUUAGGCCUUGAAUUUUGUUAAAUCUAAACGACCUUAAAUAAAUCCUAACAAAGGAUUUAACAAUUAAUUAAUGUCCUACGCUACCAGAACAUCUUAGCCUCCAAUCCCAAAAUCGUCACGAGCCAAUCAUUUUCAACAGACUUAUGAUUAGUUUGAAAGCAAUUAUUAUGCCCCAGUUAAUCGUAAAAAUUCGGCUGGGCUUAUUUAAUAAAAUACAAAUUUCUAUAAAUCUAUCACUAAGUCAAUGUCAUAAAGUAAAAGUAAGAACAAAUGA